UUCGUUCAUUCGUUCAUUCGUUCAUUCGUUCAUUCGUUCAUUCGUUCAUUCGUUCAUUCGUUCAUUCGUUCAUUCGUUCAUUUAUUAAUAAUUAUCAUCUACUUGUUACCCUUUGAAUCCUUUCUCUGAGAGCCUGAUUAAAGAGAAAAGAGAAGAAGGAAGGGUUGCAUAUGCGAAGAAAAAUCGAUCGACCGAGUCAAUUCCUUGAUCCCUUGCAUUAUAUCUGUGCAUCAUCCAUACCGGUCCAUACAUAGGGUACGAUACCAUACUAUCCCAUACCACACCAUACCAGACCAGACCAUACCAUCCAUCCCAUCCAUACCAUCUUCCUCGUACACCCAAGGGCAUACAUACACCCAAUACCCAACACCUAACACCACCAAAAUACACCAUCCACUCACCCACCCUGACAACCUUGAAGGUCCCUUGUUUUAAAUACAAGUACCUGAACAAGUACCUUACCUUAAACACCUUAAACUUCUUAUUACUUGCACCUCUCCAAUCAUUCAAUUUGGAUUUCCUGCAUAUUCUGCAUACACGCACAUACACAUACACACACACAUACACACACAUAUCUAUAUUCUUCCUUCCUUCCCUCCUUCCUUUACUUUUGUACUCUUGCUGCGCCAGAGUUACAAACAAAAAAACUUACUUACAACUUACAACUGAGCGGAAAGGGUGGGGUUUAUUGUAUUGCCGUUCCCCGUCUCGAUCCAGUUCCUCGAUUUUCCUUUUUUGACAAUUCAAGUUUCAACGCAUUGAUUUCUCGCGUUUGGAGCAUCACAAAAAUCAUAGCCACAUAAGUGCAUCCGAGACCCCCCCAGUGUGAUUGACAAAUCGACGGCCGCACAUCAAGGGUUCUUAGAACUCUUGCCUUGAUACACUAACUGCUUUGCUGUCAACUGGUGUCAAAGUUCAAUACAUCCCCGACUUUAAUGAACUUUUCCCGCGUGGCAUAAAGUUUAUUGCGAUUCAGGGUCCUCCACUCUUGUCAACCAAGCUUUCCUAGUCGACACCACUCACCACAACGACGACUUAAUUAUUUAAGCUAGAGAUCAAACAUACACGACUUUUCUUCCUUGAAUACGAAACAUCACAAGGAAAAACGAUCGCCUUUUCCUUUUUUCGAGUAUUGGUAUUCACUUACGAGAAUCGUCUUUUCGACUAGCUCAUUGAUUGUGUUUACCGUUCGACGAAUAUAGAGGUCGAUUCUACAAAGGAAGCAUUGGGGAAAAAACAUCAUCAAAACAAAAGCAUUACAAUCGCAUCGCAAAGCUUCCAGAUUGUUGUCCCGCUGGGUCAUAUCGAAUCCUAGGACUAAAAGUCUGGACGUCGUCUUUGGGACAUUCGAUAUAGCUGUAGUUUGCAGAUCUACCCCAAGCCAUUCAACUAGGAUAUUAAUAGGAAAACACCCAUGAUAUCUUUGAAAGGCGGAUCAUCAUGGUGAACUCGCAGGAGUCUGAGCAUUCCAAGCGAACGAGUGCACAGGUAGCACCUCUUACAAUAAAUAAGGGUCGACCGCGCGGAAACAGCAACGCAUCAUCCUCAAAACACAAAAGAAACACUUCAUCCAGAAGUAGUAACCACACAACUUCAACAGGAAGUCAAUCACAAAUCACGCCCCCCGCCACUCCCAAUGGUUCUCAAGAAAAUCUAAACCAAAUGGAGCCUCCUCCGGUAUUUCACAGCUUCCUGAGGGCAUUUUACCCUUUCCACCCUGAAUAUGCUAUUUCGGAUUCUACGGUCACGCUUCCACUAAACGAAGGGGAUGUGGUUUUGGUGCAUUCAAUACACACCAAUGGUUGGGCUGAUGGGACGCUACUUGUUUCUGGCGCGCGUGGUUGGUUGCCCACCAACUAUUGUGAAGCCUACGAUCCAGAUUCCAUGAGGAACUUAUUAAAGGCAUUGCUAAACUUUUGGGAUCUCCUACGGAGUGGUUUAACUAGUGAUAGUGAGAUAUUUGGCAAUCAACAAUUCAUGCGAGGUAUUAUCGCAGGAGUUAGAUAUUUACUAGAAAAAUCGAAUUGCCUCACUCGUGAAUCACCGAUUGUACAGAGUAACGAUAACCUCCGAAAGAAUCGAAAGGCUCUUUUGUCCGAUCUAUCGGCCCUGGUCAAAACCGCAAAACAAUUGCAGGAUUUUGCUACCUGUUCCUCAGUGGGAACAAACACGGAAACUGUAAACGACAUUAUCGAUGAGAUGAUUUUGAAAGCUUUCAAAAUUGUUGUGAGAGGUAUAAAAUUCUUGGACAAUUUGGAUGAGGAUGCGAAAUUACGACAGGUCGUCCAUAGAGUCAUGGCAACCGUUACUGAGGAAUCCUAUGUUCCACCCACUCCACCAGCGGACUCGACGUCAUUUGGCGGGACACCGCAUACAGACCCUGCAUACGACACGGCAUCUCACAGAAGCUCUAUCCGAAGUUCGACGAGCGCCGCUUCUAGUUCCCUGCAAUCGGAAGAGCAGAACAAACGACAGUCAUACAAACGGAUAUCGACUGCGUACCCAGCUGUAACAUCGCGUCCAUUAUCCAUUUCUUCGAUUCAGGCUAAAAGGGCUUCCGUAUCUCACCGUGUUUCACUUAUAGCCUCUGUGCCCGCCGAACAACGCCAAAAUCUUGUUUCUGAGAGAUUAAACUCUAGUCACGAUACAUUUCUCUCAUAUUUGGGAUCGUUCAUCGGAAGGCUUCAUCUACAAAGCCAGUCUUCUCAAGAUUUGCUGUCGUCAGUUAGGCAGUCAGUAACUGCUGGCCAAGGUUUAUUGAUUGUAGUUGAAGCAGUAUGUGCUCACGACAGCCAAAGCGCCGACUCGUUGACCAAUGCUCGGAACGCAAUGUAUGACAAAAUCAGUAAAUUGGCGUUGGCAGCUCGGGAUAUAAUUAGCUCAUCAGGUGUUGAUGAAGACGAUGUUGUGAUGGCUCAACAAAAUGGCGGGUUACUAAUGGCGGCCACAGGAUGUGUUAAAGCUGCUGGAGAAGUAGUAGCAAAGACCAAGUUUGUGAUUGAGCGAAUUGGCGACUUCGAAUUCGAACCAGUCGAAGGUCUUGGAAUUAAUGUUGCCUCGAUAGGUGGCACAGUCGAACAAGCGGCACGAAGCCCCGAAAUUAAUGCUGCCGUACCAGAACAGCUUUCAUCGCGUCCUCCUCCACCACCUCUAGUUAUUCCAGAUGUUUACGAGAAACCAUUGCCAGAAAUACCCCUUGACUCUCCGCCAGCGGUAGAAGUCAACCGAAUGUCGAGUCGGCUUUCGAACAUCUCCAUUCUACCCCCACUGCCAAAAAUGGGUGCUCCUCUGAUGAGCCAAGAAGAUUAUAGUCCUUCCGAUCGUAACUCAACAAGUGAUGGAGAAUUUCAAUCAUAUAGAUCUGGCAGUAUCGCAGUGUCUAGCACUGGAGCCAGCAGUAGUUACACACGCGAUUCGGAGAUGAGCAUGGUCUCGCAGACUUCUACUAGGGCGACUACUCCAGAUCUAACAGCUUACGAACCAAGAAGUCAGCCAUCUUUGUCAAGUAUCAGCAUAGCUGAGAGCCAAUCAACAUCUGCCGAUGAUCCAUAUGAUCUCGAAUCGAGAAUGCUCGAGAAGACGUUCGCACACGAGUUACUACACAACAAGGGAGGUCAAAUUACCGGAGGCUCACUGGCGGCAUUAGUAGAACGGCUGACUACACACGAUUCAACACCCGACUCGAUGUUUGUUUCAACCUUUUAUCUUACUUUUAGAUUAUUCGCGUCUCCCGUUGAGCUUGCCACAGCUCUGGUUGAUCGCUUUGAAUAUGUUGUCGAGAGUCCUCAUAUCGCAGGACCGGUAAGAUUGAGAGUUUACAAUGUAUUCAAGGGCUGGCUGGAAUCUCAUUGGAGAAAGGUGUCUGAUUACGCUGCGCUCUCCAUUAUCGAAACCUUUGCGGAUGAUAAAAUUAAGGCUGCUCUUCCCGCAGCUGGCAAACGACUUUCAGAGUUGGCUCAAAAGGUAUCUUCGAUGGAUGGACCUCUAGUGCCAAGGCUCGUUUCCUCAAUUGGAAAGACUAGCACAUCUCUCGGUCAAUAUGUACCAGCCGAUGUACCAGUCCCUCCUGUUGUUGUAACAAAAAGCCAAGCCGCAGUUUUGAAGAAUUGGAAAAUGGGUGGUAGCAAUCCCUCUAUUCUCGAGUUUGAUCCCCUUGAAUUGGCCCGUCAAUUAACCAUCAAGGAGAUGAAUAUUUUCUGCUCCAUUAUGCCAGAUGAACUUCUUGGAGCCGCAUGGACUAAGGCCAGAAAGGAGAGUUCAUGCGCGGUAAACGUUAGAGCUAUGUCGACAUUGUCAACAGAUCUUUCUAACCUUGUCGCUGACACAAUCUUGCAACACGAUGACGUUAAGAAGAGGGCCAUUAUCAUCAAGCACUGGAUCAAAAUUGCGCAUGAAUGUCUCAAGCUCAACAAUUACGAUUCGUUGAUGGCGAUCAUUUGCUCGCUUAAUUCAUCUACUAUUGUUAGAUUGAAGAAAACCUGGGACUUGGUAUCUCAAAGGCGAAAGGAAAUGCUCAAGGGGCUACAGGCAAUUGUGGAGCCAGAGAAGAAUUACGCCUGCCUUCGACGUAGACUCCAUGACCACGUUCCUCCAUGCCUUCCAUUUGUUGGUACCUACCUCACAGAUUUGACAUUUGUUGAUGCUGGUAACCCAUCCACAAAGCAAUUGGCUGACGGCACAUCUGUCAUUAACUUUGACAAACACACUCGCACGGCUAAAAUCAUCGGCGAACUACAACGUUUUCAAAUCCCUUAUCGCCUGGCAGAAGUUCCGGAACUUCAAGAGUGGCUUCAAGCUCAAAUUGUUCACGUCAAAUCCGCCUCGGAUAAUGAGAACGUUCAGCAAUAUUAUCGAAAGUCUUUACUUUUGGAGCCACGCGAUAUCUUAGUUACGAAGCCCAGUCCUGUGGACUCGGCAGUUUCUUUCGGCUCUCUGCAUGGAAAGGAUAAAUUUGAUCUUUUUGGAUGGACUCAUUCAAGGGAUAAAGCACAAACACCCAUUUAAACAUUCUUUGAUAUUAUUCUCGACCUUCAUCAUUCGCACUUACUCCGGAUUCGGAACACAUUAUACACACAUCAUCAUGAUAUUCAGUUGAUUUGAUACCCCCCGCACUUUGAAUAGCGUUUUAGCGAAUGAUCUUUUUACCCUUAGGAGUUAUACACGGCGUUCUUGACAGGUGGCUCAUGGAAGCUAUGGCUGUCACUUUCGAAUUGUUUCACAUUACACUUUUACAUACUUGAAUACCAUCACAUUUGGGUAUCAAGACUCGGCCCAGGGAAGGAUAAAAAAAGCUCUUCUUAUACUUAUAAUUGUAUACUGGUCGAAUGGGAAUUGUACAUCAUAUCUUUUUCUUCUUCUUUUUGAUUCUAUCUUGUAUUGUUUUUAUUCCACAAGCUCAAAGGAAUGAGUGAGCGUUGAGGGUCAUUAGGGUAUGUCUGGUCUGGUAUGGUUGGGAAAGAUGGGGUGGAUGGAGUUGUGGAAUAUGAAAAGGAAAUCAUGCAUUUUGGUGUGGGAACUCUAGGUGGUGCAUUCAGAUUAUUGAUAGGGGUUAUUUGUACGGCACCCAAAAGCAAUUGGUAUAGGGAUGAGCUCGCACUCGACUUGUUGUGAUUCUGAUUAAGUCAUACACUGGAAUUGGUAUUUUGACCGGUGGAAUGAGUGGAGGGGAUUUUUUAGAUGAGGAUUCAUGGACAUGAUUAGAUGAGGAUGGCGGGAAUGGGUUGGGGAGGAAUGGAUGGAUGAAUGGACGGACGGACAAUAGUUAGAUACCAAUACCAGGCGGCAAAAUCCAAGGCAAGAUAAGAUAUGGCCGGGAAAGAGAAAUGUUAAUGAAGAUUAUGACC